GCGGAUUUCAACCAAGUUCAAGAUUUUGAGCAGGCUGACAGACGAUACUAAAAUCUGACGUAAAGAUUGGUCUCCUCUGCCGCCGAUGACGUAGCCUUGUCUUUUAUUCACUGAAUAGGUAACCGCAAGGAUAAAAACAACCAUGUCCCGCACCACAUUCAACAGCUCAGUGAUGGGGGUUAGGACCCGUUCUGCCCUUCGUUCAGUGUUUGACGAUAGAGAUGUGUCAAUGUUUACUGCCUCUGGGGACAUGGGUAGUGUAACUGGAACGCCACUGUUGUCCAAUGGCCGGAGUGGGGUGGGCAUCUCUCAGGUCAAGAAUAUCUUGGAGCAGAAAAUGAACAAUGAAAUACUGGAGGUCGAGGACAAGUGUAGCCCAGGACUGGCUAGGUUACGCAUGACUCCAGGAGGUCAGUUAAAACAGAAGCAAAAGAUGCUGAUGAAGAAGCAUGAGGAUGCCAGGAAGCAAGCAGACAAACUAAAUGUUGGUGGAGGCGUGACACUGUGGCCAGAGAUGGAAGACAUGAGGCUGAGUCAGGGGGAGAUAAUCAGGCUUAGUCUUGGUUGUGUUGGGUUAUUGCUUGUAACAUUGGCCACUUUCUCCAAGCUUCAUGGAAAUUUGCUGAGGCGUUUAUGGCACUACACCAGUAAGUUUGUAACUUUCUCUGAUCACCACCCCAUAGACCUGACCUCAGAGGAUCUCUUCCACAGUAGUGUCGUCAACUGGCAUAUACAGUACAGAAAACUACUGGUUGAAGUCCACCAGAGGUUUGACAUGUCCAGCCUCUCUGUGGGCUACCAGCUGUAUAUCCUUAUCUACAUAACAGGUGUGGGUGUCCUGCUCUACUUUCUCUGGGACAGCAUGUUCUCCACCAACAAGCUCUCACCCAGGCGCAUCAAGACAUGGGUGUCCCUACUGACUGUAGUGGGGACUUGGACACUGCUCAUGACAUUCCUUUUGGUGUCUGCUCAACAACUGGAGACAGCUGUGGAGGUAAACAUUCUCAAACUCAGUGAGACUUUGGGGGAUAUUGUACACACAAACCUGAGGACUGACACAUUCGAGACAGUACUUCAGUACUGGAGGACAAAGUGCCUCCCCCCAACCACCCACGGGGUGCUCACCAUACUAGGAGUGUUACCUGUGAGGGAUGUCAUGUACUACCUGCAGUAUUACAGUUUACCUGUCAUCAUGGCCCUGGUUACACCUGUGCUUCGGCUGCUCUUAGCCCUACGCAGUGUCUACACUGUAAAUGUGUGAUAGUUACAAGGGGAGUACACCAGUCUAUUUGUAUGUUUGGUCAGAGUUUUAAAACUUCAAUGCUCUGUUGUGUUAUGGAUUAGGCAAUGUAUGUGGUUUAUAUUUUUACAAUCACUGAUGUAAGUGCUUGAAAUUUACCUCCUUUAUGAGCAUGAAUAAACAUUCCAACAGCAGUUUCAACAGAAUUUUCCUCAAAGGUGAAAAUAAAAGUAGAAAGACUAAUUCAACAUUACUGGAUUUAAACGUUAUCAAUGCCACUAUAAAAUUUGAGCAUCAAAUUUCUUUUGUUCUUUAAUAUUUUAUUUUUAAUUUAUUAGUGAAAUAUUCUUGAACCCAGCCUGAAACUCCAAACAAAGUAAUAAAUAAAUAAAUUCAUAAUUCAAUAUGUGCUUACAGUUCAUUGUACAAUAAUGUAUAUAUCUUUAUGGUUUUAAGUAAUAGCCAUCUCACAUAAUCGUUCAGGGUGUUGAGGCAUUAUCCAACCACUGCUGCUUAGUGACGGUUGGUGGUAAAACCAGUGCUGAUUGGUAGGAGUACUACCAGUGAAGGUUGGUGUGAACAAAACCAAUGCUGCUUGGUGUGAGCAAAA